AUGCCUCCCAAGAGGAAGCGCUCAAACGAUGCCGACGACGACGAGAGAGACGGCGGCUCAAAUAAGCAAUACGCCUACCUCAAACCUCGUGUUCGACAUAUCUCGGAGCGAACGAUUAAGGCAAAAUGGACGACGCUACCAGAACCCGUCCAGCAGAAGGUCUUGGAUAUGUUUAGAUCUCUCGAGCGGCCGGUCAUAGUAAGACAACGUGAUGAGCGCAAACGCAUCGAAGCGCAGACAGCGGUGGGCGCGCUGGUUAGAAACUUAGGGAGACGACUCCCACGAAUGCCUUUCCCGCCGAUAACGAAAGAUACCAAUUUUGACUAUGAGUCCGCCAUUGAUGAACACCGUUCUCUAGAGGCACACUUGGCGACCGUGAACAGCAGUAUUGACUUGCUUCAAGCAGAGAUCGAUAAAGAGGAAGCAUUGCUCGCGAAAGAGACAAAGCAACUGGAAGAAAUGGAAAAGAACGCUAAAGCAGCGGAGUCAGAAAGGAAGAGACAAAUGAAGAAUGAACAUCCUGUUCUUCGACAGCUCGACAAUAUACCCAACGGAAACGAUGAAGGAUGGUCUAACUUUGUCAUCCCUGAGAUAAAAGGCCGGGAAGUGGCUCUAUGUGAUCUUCAACCGGAUUCCGAAGUCGCGGGUCUCUUAAAGCAAUUAAACGGCCACCUUCAGUCAAUGCACAAUAAUGUCGCUCCCCUUGACGGUUUAAAGGAAGCAAUUACCCGAUCGCAGGCGGCAUUGAAUUUGUUGCCCAUUCCAGCCGACUGA